CGGAUUAUAAUAGUAUAAAAGUUUAAUUUUUAAAAACAUUUCUGUAUAUAGCGAGUUAUAUUUUUAUUAUUUAUUAACUGUAAAAAUGGAGUCACGCGGAGAAGUUCUUGUCAGCGAAAGUUCUAUUCCAAAUCGUAAUCCCUGGACUCGAAACCAGACAGACUCCCAUAUGCCGGGAGUUGUGAUCGGCGCCUCGCCUUCACCGCCGAGUCCCUGGAAAUCCGUUGUACAAGUUACCGCAGAACCGUGUUCUUUGUCGGAUGUAAUGAGUGAAGAAUUGGCAAAAGAACUACAGAAAAAAGAAGAAAAAGAUUCUGUAAUUUCCACAGUGAAAACGGGCGAUACAGUUGAUUUUGAUCUAUCACUGUUCCAUGAAGAUGGAAAAGAAACUGAUAAUGAUUUGCUACUGGCACAAAUGUUGCAAUUAGAAUUUGACAAAGAGCAUGAUCAGAUGCUGAAGAAUGAAGAACAGCAUUUCAACAAAGACAGCAAAGUUAAACUAUCCUUUGCCAAUUAUCGAUCUGUGCAUCCAGCACUUAAUGAGGAUGUUGAUGAAGAUGAUAGCUGGGAUGAGGAUGAAGACACUGUCAAAGGGAAUGCAAGUUCCAUGCCUAAGAAGGGUUAUCGUGGUAAGGGCAAAGACAUUAAGACCAAGCAUGAUGCUGCUACUUGUGGAAGGAAGAAUGCAUCCAAAAUGGAAAACUUUGCAAUUGACUUUGCUACGGGUAACUGCAGUCAGAUUGAUGAUCUUCAACUUUCUAAUUCUGUGUACAAUGUACUAAAAAAACAUAGUCAUUCUGAAGAAAAGAAAAGCCAUCGAGUACAUGAAAAGAAAGAACAUUCAACAACAGAUCAUGCCAUGGAUACCAAUACACGUUUAAUAUUAUAUAAAUUAGUCAAUAAUGGAACUUUAGAGACUAUUAAUGGUACUAUUAGUACUGGUAAAGAGGCUGUUAUAAUCCAUGCUGAUGGUGGAAUGAUGGAGGGUAAAUUAGUUCCCUAUGAAUGUGCUAUUAAAGUAUUUAAAACAACACUGAAUGAAUUCAAGUCAAGAGACAAGUACAUUAAAGACGACUACAGAUUCAAAGAUCGUCUUCGAAAACUCAACCCAAGAAAGAUUAUCAGAAUGUGGGCUGAAAAGGAAAUGCAUAAUUUAAUGAGAAUGCAGAAAAUUGGUAUUAGAGUACCAGAAGUUGUUCUGUUACGUAAGCAUGUACUUGUGAUGUCAUUUAUUGGUAAAGAUGCAAAACCAGCGCCUAAAAUAAAAUAUGCUGAUUUGACAUUAGAAGAUACCAAAGAUGCAUACCAGCAGUGUAUUAAAAUGAUGAAGUUGAUGUUCGUGGAGUGUAAAUUAAUCCAUGCUGAUUUGAGUGAAUAUAACAUGUUAUGGCAUAAUAAUCUACUAUGGUUCAUAGAUGUGUCCCAGUCGGUGGAACCUAAUCAUCCAUGUGGACUAGAGUUCUUAUUUAGGGAUUGUACUAAUGUAUCAACGUUUUUCUCAAAGUGUGGAGUGCCAGGUGUGAUGAAACCUCAUGAACUGUUCAACUAUGUAUCACAACUAAAUCUACCACCACGUGAGGGAAAAGAUUUCCUUCUACAGAUUCAGGCAUAUGAAAACAGUGAAGAAUUCCGUACAAAGAUGGGCAUUAUGGUUGAAAAGAACUACGCCUUUGAUUACUAUUUUGAGCAAUCAUUACAUAAUGAGUCUGAUGAAGAAGAAGACAACGACUAAAGAAGUCAGUCCUACAUCUACUGUUAUAAGUUAACCAGAUCAAAAAUGAAAUUGUAGACAUGUGAAAGGUUGAAAUGAUACCGUCAUGUAUAGUGGAUGCGGCCAUAUGGUGACAUAUAAUUGAUUGAUAAUUAGAAGUAUUCGUGCACAUGUUGACCGAAAUUCUGGAGUCCCCAUCUUGUUGCUAGUAUCACCCAAUCACAGUCAGCUGGUGUACAAGUGUAAUGAAAUAAAUGCAAUUUGAAACUGAUAUCACGGUCCACCCUUAGGCAACUCAUCGCUGAUUAAUAACGGUAAAUUAAUUUAUUAUAUUAUACUUGUACACCAACUGACUGCACCCAAUUGUAUUUGGGAUAUGUUAUCCAUCAGAUUCAUCUUGCACAUCGACCACACGGGGUUUGGAUGUCAGGCAUUAUUUUACAAAAAUGUGAAGUUAUAAAGGCAUUUCUUUUUCAGUUGUACAAGACAAUUGCGCUGUUUUUAAUUGGUGCUGUGGACUAUUGUCUGAGUGUUCAAUGGCUGCCAAAUUAAGUUUUAAAUUUGGCCUAACUUAAAAAUUGUAAAAAAAAAAUCACGACAAGAUUAGUUGCAUUGAGAAACUGUAGAAAUUUUGUUUUCUAGUUAUGACAACAGAUGUGGUUGUCAAAGAUUUAUGCUAAAAGUAAAGAUGUAAUCAUACAAAUAUAAACUGUAUAUUAUUCAGAUGUUGGCAUAAGAGCUUGUCACGUCACAGUUGAAGUAACUGCUCUUACAAUGAAGAUAACCAACAUCUCGUAUGUACCCGAUAUUAUGAUGAAUUCAACAUUGUAUUGUAAUCUUUCUCAAUGUUUAUUAAAAUUUCAAAGCAACGUUAAA